AUGCCUGACAGUCUUAAUCCAACUGUUUGCACUGCUGCUGUCCCAACAGUUGCAUCCAGCGUUAUUAAUAACAAUACUACCAUGUCUACUCAUAACAACAACAGCAAGAAUGACCACAACAACGAUGCAGAGAAAUAUUCGUGUAGUAGAUGUAGAAAGUUGAAAAAGAAAUGCUCCAAAGAUUACCCUAAAUGUAUCGCUUGUAGGAAACAUAAUUUUGAAUGUGUAUACAUCGGGAGAGCUCGUAGAAGGAAAAAAUUGGAAAUACAAGAGGCCAUAUUAAAGGGCGAAUUUAAACAAAGAAAAAGAAGUAAAUCUGACACACAAGCCCAUGCUAAAAAAAGGAACAACAGCAUAAACAAUAAUAACAAUAACAAUAAUAAUAAUAAUAAUAAUGCCAGCGAUGUAGGUUACUCAAGACUCAACAGUUUUACAACAAAUAGUACCAGAAUUUACAAUUAUAGUCAUGCUGGAAAUAGCUCAAAUUGUACUUCCAAAUCAUCAUCACCAUCGACUAAUGAUUCUGAAACUGUUUCCGAGGGCAAAAGUAGAAAACCAAAGUUCACUGCUACUUCCCUCAUAAACAUACUGAACAAAAUUAACACGGAACCAUUGAUGAAUUUUGCAACUGCCCAGGCCUACAAUCAUACGGAAAAAGUUAAUCUAUCAACCAGCCCUAAUUUUGCUGUGCUGAAUAAAAAAUACGAACAACAUGAAACGUUUGGUGCACAGUAUAAUAUUAUCCAGGGGAAAUUGGAGCAUGAGUUGCACAAACCAAUAUCUACACCCAUUAAAGCAGCAGAUAUCCAAAUAGAAAACAUUACCAACGUGUAUAAGGGGGGCAGAACAACACCGUGGGUAACUCAUUACUGUACCACGAAAGAUAACGAUGCCAUUGCUUUUAAACAUAUUGACCGUCAUCUAUAUAACAAAUUUAUUACUGCCUAUUUUAAACAUAACCAUAGGUCAUACCCAAUGCUAAAUAAGCUUGAAUUUUUAAACAAAGUAUCAACAAUCCGUGAUUUUGAAAGCAUCGAAUUGAAUGAUGCCGCGUUAGGCGGUACGGAUAAUAUAACCGAGGAACAACGUGAUAAUAAUACUAUUUUUAUUUUUCAACUCUAUAUGAUUAUGGCCAUUGGAUGCACUACUCUAAGCAGGGCUGGCAUAUUAACUAAAGAAGAGGAGGCUCUAAGUGAACAUUUUUCGUAUCUAUCCAUGAAGAGGUUUUGUAAAAUUAUGAAAUUGCAAAAUAUCGAAACCAUCAAGUGCUUAUUGCUGUUAGGGGUUUAUUCUUUUUUUGAACCACAAGGUGUUUCAUCGUGGACUAUUAGCGGGAUAAUUAUGCGGUUGACCGUUGGAUUAGGCCUACACAUUAAAGUUAGUACUUCUAAGAAAUUAAUGAUGACACCGUUGGAGGUAGAAAUGAGGAAUAGAUGCUUUUGGAGUUUUUACUGUUUUGAGAGAUUGGUUCAUACUUGUAUAGGAAGAAUAUCCAGUAUUGAUGACGAGGAUAUCACCACACCUUUACCGGAACCACUAUACGAGGAGGAAAAUAAAGAUAUCCAAGUCACAAGAAUGAUGAUUAGCCUAAGACAAAUUGGUGGGAAAAUUUAUAAAAAUGUUCAUGCCGUAAGAGCUAUACAUGCCAACAAAACCAAAAGUUUGGAUGAGAAAAUAGAAAUUAUUAAUGGAUUGCGCAGAGAACUAGAUGAGAUUUACAACCGUGAAAACAAACUGUACACCUGUGACAGCACUGCGCUAGGUAGCGGUGCAAACGAAGCUUCCAAACGGGACAUAUCGUUUCACAACUCUGACAUAUGGCUAUCGAUGAGGUAUGAGCAGCUACAGAUUGCUUUAUAUAGACCGUCCACAUUGUUGCCCAAACCACCAGUUGAAUUAUUGAAUCAUUUGGGCCAAGCUUGUCUAAGUUCUUUGAAGAAAACUUAUUCUUUAUAUAAGAAAAAAUGGUUACCAUGGAAUUGGAUUACCUUGUAUAGAACAUUAACCAUUUGUAAUUCCAUGCUGUAUUGUCUAUGUCAGUGGGCGAUUGAUUUGGUUGAAUGUAAGAUUGAGAUUCAACAGUGCGUUGAAAUUUUACAGCAUUUUGGUGAAAAAUGGGUUUUCGCCUCUAAGUGUGCCAAAGUUUUCCAGAACAUUGGUAAUUCCAUAUUGGAAUAUAGUUUGAGCGAUGGGUUGGAUGCUAACAUGAAGCAAUUGAAUCAGGAGUUGUUUGGUGCUAGCAAUGAGUAUCAAGAUAUUUUAGGUGAUAAUAAUGUGGAUAUUUCAUGGAUCGAUGAGUUAGUUUGA